AUGCUAGGCACAAAUUGUCAACCACAAAUCGGAAGGUAUUCGACUAGCUUGGAAUUUCUAGGUCUUCCCAAAAUUACCAUCGAUCUGCCGUCGACUUCUGUUGAUACUUCGGCCUGGGAGAUUCCGCCGAGUAUACAGCUAGUUGAUCCGUCAUUCUGCAGCACCAACCCAAUCGAUCUCAUCUUGGGAGCAGAAAUUUUCUUCGACUUGUUCAAGGUCUCUGGUCGAAUUCCGCUUGGCGAUAACCUUCCGGUACUCGUGAACUCCGUUCUUGGCUGGGUAGUGUCGGGAAGGUCUUCUCAUGGUCAACCGAUUGCUCCAAUCAUCGCAAAUGUCGCCACCGUCAACGACGUGCACCGUCUAAUGGAAAGGUUUUGGUCCAUCGAGGAAGACAACGCCUCUCCGUGCUAUUCUGUCGAAGAAGCCGCCUGCGAGGAACACUUCCGUCGCACGGUAACCCGCAACACCGUAGGUCGAUACAUAGUUCGACUGCCACUGAAGCAGGAUGUGUUGUCUAGCCUGGUCGACAACCGUCGUACCGCUCUACGUCAUUUUCACCGGCUAGAAGGUCGUCUAGUCCGCAAUCCCAACCUGCAUCAACAGUAUCGAGUCUUUAUCGAGGAAUAUCACGCGCUAGGGCACAUGCAGCGCGUAACGGACUACGAAAAUCCUCCGACUUCAUGCUACCAUCUUCCGCAUCACGCUGUAGUGCGCGAAGAUAGCACGACGACCAAACUGAGGGUAGUUUUUGACGCGUCGUGCAAAACUCCCAACGGACCAUCGCUGAACGACGCGCUUCUGGUUGGACCAACCGUGCAAGAAGACCAGCGAUCAAUUAUAAUGCGAGCCUGA